AUGAAGAAGCUGGAUUUCGAGGAGUGCGAGUUCCAGAACUCGGAGAAGAAGUCUGCAGAUCUAAGUGUCUGCGCAAGCCACACCAACCCCAUGAACGACAACGACAUGUCGGGAACUCCCGGGUACAUCGCGAAGUACUACAGCGGCCCGCCUAGCGCGCCAAACGGCUAUCCUAUGCCAGGAAGCAAAGAUGACGACACCGACCCCGACAACGCACCCAAGACCGACGUCAAGGCAUGCGUCUCCACCUGCUGCAAGCAUCCCCCGGCGGAUGGCUGGGAGAAGGUCGAGGAUAAGACGGUUGCCCUGGCCAAGGCCACCACACCGGCAACCGUGAGGCUUCCCAGUGGCACCUUCGCCAUUGCCCAGUUGCCAGAGAGUUUGCGGUCGCAAGUGGAUCCGGACAACUUGCCCCCGUGCGGCUUCUGUGGCACCGAGACCAUCAAGGGAGCAGAUAAGCUGAUCAAGUGCUUCAGCUGUUGGGGCAAAUGCUGCGAUCCGGCCGGCGUGACAGCCUGUGCUGACAAGAACAAGGGGCAAGAUCCGACUUGCAAGGACGAGACCAGCAUGUCGCUGCUCUCAUUGUCUUCCGGACUUGCAUCAGGUGCGGUGACCUCGCAGCAUGCCAAGGCCUUCUCUGCCAGCAUCACAGCAACCAGACGUAGCGAGGAGCCCAUCAGCCAUUCCAAGAAGUGGCAGAAGCUCCUCGCCCGCGCCCGGCACCAGAUCGCUGCCCGCCUUCGGCGCGUCUAG